CCAUUGGCCGUGCCUGUCACGUGGCCGCUGCCCGUUGCCGCCUCGCGCCCGGUUCGGCCGGGCGGUUGGAACCGGUUCGGCCGGGCGGUUGGGGACGGCCGAGCUCGGCAGGGAGCUCGGGCGGCGCGCCCUGGAGCCGGGGCAGUCGCUUCCGCAGACAAAGGCAGCCGGAGCAGCCCGUCGCGCUCAGCGUCCAGUUCAUCCAUUUUGGAUAGUGAAUGGAAAGUAGCUCAGUCAAUCUCCAGACUCAAAAUUGUCUCCUUUCAGAAUCAGAAAGGAAUCAGUCAAAGAGACAUCAGACUUCCUUAGUCAUUAUCUGGAAGUAUGACCCCAUCUCAAGUUACCUUUGAAGUAAGAGGAACAGCAGAACCAGGAGAGGUUUUUGCAAUAUGUGGGAGUUGCAGCGCUUUGGGAAACUGGAAUCCUAAAACUGCAGUGGUUCUUCAGGCUGAUGAUGCUGAUGGUAUAUUAUGGAAAACUACUGUUGAACUUACUAGAGGAGUUGCUGUUCAGUAUCGAUAUUUUAAAGGGUGCUUCUUAGGACCCAAGACUAUCGAUGGUCCCUGCCAAGUCAUAGUUCACAAGUGGGAGACUCAUCUACAACCACGAUCAAUAACCCCUUUAGAAAAUGACAUCUCUGUUGAUGAUGGACAGUUUGGAAUCCAUAAUGGUGUUCAAACUCUGGAUUCUGGGUGGCUGUCCUGUCAGACUGAAAUAAGAUUACGUCUACAUUAUUCUGAAAAACCACCUGUCUCAAUAUCCAAGAAGAAAUUUAAAAAAUCUAGGUUUAGGGUGAAGCUGACUCUGGAAGGCUUGGAGGAAGAUGAUGAUGAUGACAACCAAGAUAAAACUGUUACUCAGAAAAUGUCAAACACUCUGGAGAUCUCCUUAAUAAGUGAUACUGAAUACAAAUCUCGGCACUCUCAGCCAGAAUGUGGUUAUGGUUUGCAGCCUGAUCGAUGGACAGAAUACAGUAUACAGACAAUGGAACCAGAUAACUUGGAAUUAAUCUUCGACUUUUUUGAAGAAGAUCUAAGCGAAAGAGUAUUACAAGGAGAUGAACUUCCAGGCCAUGUGGGUUCUGCAUGCCUCUUAUCCUCCACGAUUGCAGAACUGGGAAAGAGUGCUGGAAUUCUCACACUUCCUAUUAUGAGUAGAAUUUCAAGAAAAACCAUUGGAAAAGUAAGAGUGGACUAUAUAAUUAUAAAGCCGAUCUCAGGAUACAGUUGUGAUAUGAUAGCUUCAUAUGCUAAAUACUGGAAACCAAGAACAACACUAGAUGUUGGACAUAGGGGCGCAGGAAACUCUACAACAACUACCAAACUCGCUAAAGUGCAGGAGAACACUGUUGCUUCUCUGCGGAAUGCUGCUAGCCAUGGAGCAGCAUUUGUGGAAUUUGAUGUACAUCUUUCUAAGGAUCAUGUGCCUGUUGUGUAUCACGAUCUCACUUGUUGUAUGGCUAUGAAAAAGAAAUUCGAUGCUGAGCCAUUGGAAUUGUUUGAGAUCCCAGUAAAAGAACUCUCAUAUGACCAACUGCAAUUAUUAAAGCUGGCUCAUGUGACUGCAUUGAAAUUAAAAGAUCACAAUGCAUCUCUUAAAGGGGAGGAAAGCCCUGUUUCUGAGAACCAACCAUUUCCAUCUCUCCAGACGGUUCUGGAAUCCCUUCCUGAAGAUGUCGGGUUUAACAUAGAAAUAAAAUGGAUCUGCCAACAAAGAGAUGGGAAAUGGGAUGGCAACUUGUCAACCUAUUUUGAUAUGAACCUCUUCUUAGAUAUCAUUCUAAAAACUACUCUAGAAAAUGCUGGAAGAAGGAGAAUUGUAUUUUCUUCAUUUGAUGCGGACAUUUGCACAAUGGUUCGGCAAAAGCAAAAUAAGUAUCCUGUGUUGUUUCUCACACAAGGAAAAUCUGAUAUUUAUCCAGAACUUAUGGAUCUCAGGUCUCGUACAACUCCUAUUGCCAUGAGCUUUGCCCAGUUUGAAAACUUGCUGGGAAUUAAUGUGCACACUGAAGACCUGCUUAGGAACCCAUCGUAUAUUCAGGAGGCCAAAUCUAAAGGUUUAGUUAUUUUCUGUUGGGGUGAUGAUACAAAUGACCCAGAUAACAGGAAGAAGUUGAGAGAAUAUGGCAUUAAUGGGCUAAUAUAUGACAGCUCACAGCACUUGGGCAUGGAAAAGUAUUUGGAGUCCUCUGUCCAUAGGAUAUAUGACUGGAUGCCUGAACAACCAAAUAUAUUCCAGGUAGAGCAGCUGGAACGUCUAAAGAGAGAAUUACCAGAGCUGAAAUUCUGUGCAUGUCCCACUGUUAGCCACUUCAGUACCGUAUCUCUGUGUAAAUGUCAUAAUAGCCAUAUGGAAAUGAAUGGCAUAGAUAAUUUACCAAAUGCUUAAGUGUGCAUAGGCUGACUCCAGGCAGGAUUCUGCUUUCUGUAUUUAAUUUUCACCAUUGGAGCAGUGCCAUCUAUGCCUUCAUUUUUUUGAGCAAUAACUAUGUUCCUAUUCCAUGACAGUACUUGCUAGAAUUUAAAAUUCUGUUAAAAUGUUAAGCCAGUUAUAAUUAUUAUUCCAGUUUUACAUCUAGUUUUUAAAUCCUCACAAUUGACAAGUUCAAAAUCUUAAAAUAGAAAUCAAGUACUGUAACAGUGUGCAAACAUGUCUUAUAAAAUGAGCAAUCUGAGGUGUGGUAGUUUCAAAGAUGAAAUUCUAGAGGUUACUGUGAUAUGAUAUUGAAACUGCUGAUGUAUCAUUUUGUCAUAAAUUUGAUUCCAGUACUAAUCUGAUGUCAGAUUAGGAGAGUGAUUGUAAUGUAUACAUAAUUAGAUCUGGCCUGAAUAAAUUAGUACCUCAUAUGCAUGUAUUUGCACUGAUGCAUCCAAUUGUACAAAACCUUUGUGCCAUCUUAAAGUGUGUGUGUGUAUAUAUAUAUAUAUUUUUAAGUAAACUGCAGUGCACAUGAACUGAUUUUUCUCGCUCUGUUAGAACCUUUAGGUUGCUGCCAUUUUUUGUUCUUUACCAGCCAAAUGAAUGGCAUAAAGUUUGUAUGUGGCAGUUAAGGGUGAACCACAAGUACAGUUUUUAAUUAAUCCCGCACAAACCUGCCAAACCUCAAAACGUUACAAAUAACUACAAAAAUUUUUCAUUGGUUAAGAACUUUAUUAUUGCACAAUAAUCUUAAAAGAGCAAAUGUGUAUAAUGCACAAAUUCUAGAAAAUGCAUGCUUCAGGUAUUUUAAGCAUGAAAUUAUAGGUGUUUGCAAUGGUCCGUGCAUCCUUGAGGUGCUAGUUGAGUGUGAGGGUAUCCAGGAUGAACUAAAACACUUAAUAUUUGUUGCCUAAAACCAUGAGCCUAUAUAUAGGUAUAUUCAAAUAAGGUUUACACCAUCUACAGUUCAUCUUACUACAUGUUACAGACCACUAACUCUUGUAUUCUGCAACAGUCGUGAUUUUUUGCUUUCAAAAUUGAUUUCUCAGAUAAUCCUUAUCCUCUGUUGGCUGAUGUCUGUCCUCUGUAAUUUAUUCCAAAGUUAUAGUUUAGAAAAUCCUGUUAGAUAUGUAUGCAUGUUCUUCAAUUUGUACCUCUUAAGAUACUGUCAUGACAACACAACAGCUAUAACUUUUUACUGAAGUGUUCAUGUAUAAUAAAAAAAACCCAAAUAUUUAUUUUUCCCUUGUAAAUUGACAAUGAAAUUGAUAGCUUGUAUUAUACUCUUUAAAUGCUGUCAUUGUUGCAUAGAAUUGAUUACAUGAGCAAUUGCAAAUGUGUUUGGGCCUGCACCACUGAAUAGUUUGAGGCAAGGAGUUUCUUUCAGCUUGCCUUGCAUAUCUAGUUAUUUAAAUUUCUUUUGUCCUCCACAAACAACACAGUACUUGGAAAUUGUCUUUAUUUAAAAAAAAUAAAAUAAAUCUGAAUUUAAAAACAGA